CGGGCAGCCAGCAAGAUGGCGCUGCGGCCGGGCCUGGGAGCAGGGGCCGCUCCGCCGCCGGGCGCUUCUGCUGGGCCGCCGGGAGCGGGGGGCGCCAGCGCAGGUGGAGGUGGAAGCAACAGCCCGGGCCCUGCCAGCUUCAUGUUUCCUGUGGCGGGUGGACUUGGCGCUCAGGGUAUGUUCCCCAUGCAACAGCAAGGCUUCCCAAUGGUGUCCGUCAUGCAGCACAACAUGCAGGGGAUGAUGGGGAUGAAUUACGGCUCUCAAAUGCCUCCCGGGACGAUGGCCAUGCAGGGUGGCAUGCCCCUGGGUCCAAUGCCAACAUCUGGAAUGCAGUUCCUGCGGCAGGCUCCCUUCCUAGGAAUGCGUCCAGCUGCUCCUCAGUACACUCCUGAUAUGAGGAAGCAGUACGCCGAAGAACAGCAGAAACGAUUUGAACACCAGCAAAAGUUUUUGGAAGAGGAAAGGAAACGGCGUCAAUUCGAAGAGCAGAAACAAAAGCUAAGGCUUUUAAGCAGCGUGAAACCAAAGAUGGGUGAGAAAAGCAGAGACGAUGCACUGGAAGCCAUUAAAGGGAACUUGGAUGGCUUCUCCAGAGAUGCUAAACUCCAUCCCACACCAACGUCGCACCCGAAAAAUGCAGAUCAUCCCAUCCCAUCCCAUCCUGCUGUGCCUGUCUCCCAAACCUCUGCCUUUCUUGACGACGAGGAAUUUAGUGACUUUAUACAGGGGCCUGUCGAAACCCCGGCAUUCGUGCCUCCGGCCUCCUCCCAGCCUUUUCAGUCUUACCGUCCCAGCUCCCAGGCUGCGCAACGGCUUUCAGAGAAGGCUGUGGCCCAGCCUCUCCCUCCAGCCCAGAUUCCAGUGUCCUCCAUCCACCAUGGCACCAUUGGCCUGGUUCCUUAUUUCUCUCCUUCUCCAGCUUCACAAAACAUUCAGAAAACAGGCCCUUCCUUGGAAGAGAAGCCCUUGCCGCCUUGCGGGUUGAGUGAAUUUGGGCAGCCUCAAACCAACCCCCAAACGCCUGAAGUUGAGCCCAGUGCCGCAGCUCCGGCUGCGGGCUGCACUGAGCCCAAUAACCGGAAGUCCGCAGGGGCGCUCCCAAGCGGCCGCCCCUGUCCAGAGCCAAGCGAGGCUUCCGAACCAAACUUGUCAGUUAAGGAGCGCGGUGUUGGAGUAUUCCCUUCACAGGAUCCGAUGCAGCAACUGAUGCCUCCAUGGAUUUACAAUGAUAAUUUAGUUCCAGAUCUAUACAAGAAAAUUCUAGAAACCACUAUGACGCCAACCGGGAUAGACACUGGCAAGCUGUAUCCCAUUCUGAUGUCGUCCGGGCUUCCCAGAGAGACUCUUGGACAGAUCUGGGCCUUAGCCAAUCGCACUACUCCUGGGAAGCUGACGAAAGAAGAACUGUACUGUGUUCUGGCUAUGAUUGCGGUAACUCAGAGAGGCGUUCCAGCCAUGAGCCCCGAUGGUUUAAACCAGUUUCCUUCGGCCCCGAUCCCUACGCUAAGCGGGCUCCCGAUGGCGAUCCCGGUCACAGUGAGCCAACAGCCUAUGAUGCCCCCUGGUCCGCCGGUCUCCAUGCCUCGUAGCGUAGGGCCAGCAGCCGUCGGGAUCAGCAUGACGCCGCCACUGGGCGGGGCAGCAUCGCAGGCGCCCGGCAGUUUCAUGCAGUCUUUCCCGGCAAGCCAGGCAGCCAAACCAGAGGACGACGACUUCCAGGACUUCCAGGAUGCUUCAAAAUCGGGAGGCCUUGACGAUACCUUUACGGAUUUUCAAGGGGACGUGCCUGGAUUGGGCAAGACGGCUGCGGCACAACUCCAGAGCAGCGCUCCUUCAAUGCUGAUUCCGUUCUCUGGCUCAAAGAUGCCUUCUGCCGUGGAUAAGUACGCCGUUUUCAAAGGGAUCGCCUCUGACAAGCCUGCCGAAUGCCCAGCACCACUUGGAGAUUACGGAGACAAAUACAGUGCGUUUCGGGAGCUGGAGCAGCCGUCCGAGAGUAAAUCCGUAGGGGACAGCUUCGCAGAAUUCAAAUCUGCAGGACCCGACGACGGCUUCACAGAUUUCAAAACUGCUGACAGCAUCUCGCCCUUAGAGCCGCCGACGAAAACUAAGCCUUUCCCUCCCCCGUUCUCUUCUCUACCUACCCAGCCAAAGCCGCAACCGCAAGCCAAGCCUUCUCUAAAUUUGGCAGACCUGGAUCUGUUUUCUUCCGCCUCCGCUGGAGAGAACAGACCUCUCCCCAUUCCAGCCGCCUACAAUUCCCCGAAGCCGGCAGCUUUCCCCGUGCCGCCACCUCUCACGGCAGCCGCCGCCGCCGCCCUGCCAACGCCCAGCAACAGCUCCGUUUUGGCCAACGAUUUUGCUGACUUCAACCUCUUCGGGGGGUUGUCGAAUUGCAACGCGGCCGCUACUCAGGAUGAAUUUGCGGACUUCAUGGCUUUCGGCAACAGCGCCGGCUCUUCUGAGCCGCCGCCGGAUGAUAAAUACAGCCCCCUCAAGCAAGAGGGGAGCCCCGUCCCUCCACCUGGGUCCUUGGUUGGUGCCGCGAAGAGCCCGGCUGCCGCUCCUACCAAAUACGACAUCUUCAAGCAGCUGUCUCUGGACAGCCCCGGUUUAGGCUUCGAAGAACUGAAAGACCACACCCCGUCGUCGGCGAAGAGCGAAGACGACUUCGCCGACUUCCACUCGAACAAAUUCUCCUCCAGCUCUGAGAAAUCCCUGGUCGACAAACUGGCCGCUUUCAAGCACGCCAAAGAGGACUCGGCCUCCGUCAAGUCCCUAGACCUCCCGUCCAUCGGGGGCAGCAGCGUGGGGAAGGAGGACUCGGAAGAUGCGCUGUCUGUCCAGUUCGACAUGAAACUGGCGGACGUGGGCGGCGACCUGAAGCAUGUCAUGUCCGAUAGUUCUUUGGAUUUGCCAACCGUUAGCGGCCAGCAUCCGCCGGCAGCAGAUCUUGACGACUUGAAGUGUGCCCCUUUUGGAAACUACAGCAAUGGCUCUGCUCUAAGUAGUUUCCCCAGCUAUGAUUGGUCCGAUAAGGAAGACGUCUACCCGAGCAGGAAGUCCACCUCCUUCCCCCCUCCGGCAGGAAGUGGAUCCUCCUUGGCUACCUCCGUCCUCCAGAAGAAGGAGACCUUUUUUGGCAGCUCGGAAAAUAUCACCAUGACCACCGUCUCCAAAGUGACAACCUUUGCUAGCGAGGAUGCUCUCCGGGACGGGAAGUUUUCGCCCUGUGCCAACUUCAAAGAUUCCGAACCUCGGUCUACGGAUCAGAGUGACGAUGACGUCGAAGACUUCGGGGCAUUUGCCCGACCUUCGGCGGAGGGCUCGGCCACGGGGACCGCCCGAGAGGCCGGCGUCUCCUUGGAAGCCGCCAAAGAAGGCGCGGACGACUUUGGCGAGUUUCAGAGCGAAAAGCCGAAGAUCACCAAGUUUGACUUCUUGCUGGCUACUUCCCAAGGGAAAGUGAAGUCCAGCGAAGAGAUGAUCAAGAAUGAGCUGGCGACCUUCGACCUCUCUGUUCAAGGAUCUCACAAACGGAGCCUGAGCUUGGGGGACAGGGAGAUCAACCACUCCUCGCCUUUGCCGCCUGCGGAACAGCCCUUCCGUGAUCGAUCCAAUACCCUCAGCGAGAAGCCUGCCCUGCCUGUCAUCAGGGACAAGUACAAAGACCUUACAGGGGAAGUCGAGGAAAGUGAGAGAUAUGCCUAUGAAUGGCAGCGAUGCUUGGAAAGUGCCCUCCAAAUCAUCAGGAAGGCAAACGACACCCUGAACGGCAUCAGCAGCUCCUCUGUGUGCACAGAAGUGAUCCAGUCUGCGCAAGGCAUGGAAUAUUUAUUAGGGGUCGUCGAGGUCUACAGAGUCACGAAACGGGUGGAGCUCGGCAUCAAAGCGACGGCGGUCUGUAGCGAGAAGCUCCAACUGCUGCUGAAGGACAUCGAUAAAGUGUGGAACAACUUGAUCAGCUUCAUGUCGCUCGCCGCUUUGACCCCUGAUGAAAAUUCGUUGGAUUUCUCCUCUUGCAUGCUUCGUCCAGGGAUUAAAAACGCCCACGACCUGGCCUGUGGGGUGUGCCUCUUAAAUGUAAAUUCCCGGAGCAAAAAAGAAGAGACGCCUGCAGAAGACCAUCCUAGAGAAGCCUUCAACUCGGAAACGGACAAUUUCAGGCUCGCCUACGGAGGACACCAGUACCACGCCAGCUGUGCCAACUUCUGGAUCAACUGCGUGGAACCCAAACCCCCGGGCCUCAUUUUGCCGGACCUGCUCUGAGCAGACUCCCGUCGCCGCGGUCUCAAUAGGGAAACGAUACCCUGGGCGAGGGAUGGGGGUGGAGGGGGCUGGCCGGCAAGUAAAUGUGAAAACUCUCCUGAGCCUAGUGGUUAGAGUAUUUAUAACAUGUUCAUCUUCAGGUUAGCUCUUCUCCUGCAAAAGGUGAGCACCACUGUGUGUUUUUUUAAUCUGCAAGUUCCCCGUGGAGGACUGGGCAAGGGUUUGGAAGCACCCACUGACCUUGGAGAUCUUGCACUGAGGCACUAGCUGCAUUUCUUGAGUGGCGGUCAGCUAGCGCUGCCUUUCAGGUGUGGUGAAGCGCUGUUCCUUUAAGGAGGGCUGGGGAGGGCAGACCUCUCUCUCUCCCCCACCCCCUUCGCCCCUAAGGGGUAACUCCAAUGGCCGUAUCCCCUCGCAUUGCAAAGGCGACUGGAGUUCGGUUUGGUUUAAGGUUGUCCAGCAAUUCCCCAUUUCCAAGCCUGUAUCUACACAGCGAGCUUUGGAAACCGGUUUAGCUGUCAUGGUUCCCCUCUUCUCCCCAAACACCCCUCUGCCCACCUGGAAAGGAACCCUGUCAGCAGUGUAACUUUCCUAAGGAGGCCACCCUUCAGGCCUCUUGCAGAGUUACUGUUCACAAUGGUUAGGGGCAUGUGCUGGUCAAGUUAUACGGCCCCGGCCCUUUAAAAUCAUUUUAUUAUCCUGCAGACCUGUCCUUAGAAACGCAGGCUGUGUGUUUUAAGAAUCAGAUGUCCCAAGUGGGCAGCGUGGAAUAAAUACAGGAAGCAAUGUAUAUACAGGGAGGUUAAGGUGUGUGUGUAAAAGUUGUGUGUUUACUCUGAAAGGGCAUUUACCACUAUCUGUGAGUUGUUAGGUUUGCUGCAAGCAGAGAGCCCCACCGGCCUUCCAGAUGGCAUUGGGCCCCCAACUCCCAUCUACCCCAGGCAGCAUGGCCGAACAUCAGGGAUGACGGAAGUUGUAGUCCCACCAACAUCUGGAGGGCCGCAGGUUGUACCCUCCUGAUUUAAAAUCGGGUCGUUUCUCAAACACGCUCUGAUGGAAACCCCAUUUUUCCGGUACGUUGUAUCCCCUUUUAAGCGAGUCGCAUGUCUUGUGGCUUAGACCAGGCGGUGAUCAAAGCUGCAGAGAAGCGGAAUAGGCUGCUGUUGUUGUUUCUGCUUUAUUGCCGCGCUGGAAUCGAACGGGGCUUUUUAACGAGGCUUAAUGAAGCGAGAGCCCGGAUUGUAGCAUUAAACAGUGAAUGACCUCACCGUUGCAGACCUACGAUGUCUCCUUUCUUGCUUGACUCCAGCCAGUCCGAGGGCUAACUUUACGCCCUCUUCUCCACCGCCUGGCAUUCACCUUUCAUUGGCCAAGUGAGCCUGCUCUCAGUUCACCGGGAAUGUUGGGUGCCCGGGUCUACGGACGCCCCAUUUCCAACGUGUUACUCUUGAUAAUCAGCCGCUAUCCCCGUUAUUUUCCUGUUCUACCAUCAGCAGCGGCGCUUAAAGCUCAUUUCUGGGAACGAUGUUUUCAAGGGUUUCUAUCCACACCCCUGUACGCGUUUGCGUUCCCCAUAUGCCUCGCUGAGGACCAGAUCCAUUGCGGCCUGAAGGUGGGAGCUACGGUUGCCAGAUUCAUUAUGGAGCAGGACUCGUUGAACAGUUGCAUAGGAUUUCUGGCAGGUUCCAGGUUUGCUCGUUGUAGUGCUUCAGCGGUAGAGCACAGCCGAGACGCCAAAUGUCUCCCAGCUAUGAAUAUAUGAAUAGCACAGCCAGUUGGGACGCAACCACAACACGUCAGAUUUGUCCUUUGGAUUUCUCGCUGCUUUGGAGUAAAAAAUUUCCCCCUAUGGUUUUCUCUCUCUCAUUUGGAUUCCUUGUUGUGUGGUUGGUGAUUGACCAUGCCGAAUCCAACAUGAAUUGGCCAUAGUUGGGUGUAGUAAAUACCAGCUCUCGCUGUUUUGGGUGUGUUCAGGCAACCCGUUCCCCACUCAACGGGUAUGGGAUAGCGACUGCGGCAUCUCAAAAAGUCCUGUGAGAACGCACUCCGAAGUAGUAAGCGACAAGAGCAACCUUCUCCGACCUGACAAUGUGGCUGGCCAGGGGUUGCUUGGCGUUGUAGUCCCAACACAUCUGGAAGGUGCCGUGAUUCGUUUCGUUCCAUUUAUUUCAUUUCUAGCCGCCCCAUGGCCAAAGCUCUCUGGGCAGUUCACAAAAAUUGCAAGCCUGAAAUUCGACAUCAUACAAAAUCUUUAACAGGCAAAAUUUUAAACCGCCCCCCAAAACUGUUGCAAUGCCAUAUCGGGGCUGAAUUAGAUUUUAAAAACCUCAGCGCUGGAAGAGGAACACCAGUGAGGUGCUUAAUACCUUGCACGCCAGGGACGACCCGGCAGAGAAAGAUUCGCCGCAACCCUGCCAUAAGGCACGUGGAAGAAAAAAGCGUAGGGCUCGUCCUACAGGCAGGGAGGUUGGACCCAUUGGCACGGAGGCCGUGGGGUGAGUUGUGUGUCGCUGGUGUGCCACCGUCUUUAUGUUGUGCUUUCGUUGGGAGUACCUGAACCUGCUCCCGGAGGCUCAGCUACCAAAAACGCAGCGGGUCCAGGCGUCGGCAAACCUGACGUGCUUCAACGGUGGAGCACGAUAGCAAUCUCUUGUGUGCACGGACUCCGUCCAACACGGAUGUCACAAGGCAAAGGAAGGUUUUUAUUAACCGCUCAUGGACGAAUAUGCUUGUAUUUGAUUAAAUCUCGUACACCCAGCCGUUGAGAGGGUGGUUCUGGUCAAGAGGAUACUCUGCUCCACCCUGCGUUUUACCUUGUAUACCAGCCUCCAGAUGUGUCAUUACCUUGCUCCAGAUGUGUUGGGCUGCAAUUCCUAGCAUUCCUGGUCAGGAACACUGGGACUUGCAGUCCCAACACAUCUGGAAGGCUGUGAAGAAUGAAGAAUAGAGAAGAAUGAAGAAGGAACUAAAUUUCUCCAGUCAAAUCCCAGCGGAACGUAUUGAACUGUGACCACGUCGAGGCCCACAACAGAUCACAGGAGUGGGACGUGGUCGUGUCUACCAAAGAAAAGGGGAAAGAAUAAAACAAAUCACCUUCACGUUCUCAUGACCUUAACAAUGUCACUUUUUUUUUCUUUUACUGAUGAAAGGCUGCUGUAUUAUGGGAUGGGGGGCAGCGAAGGGGAGGGGCGUGUUCUCCAAACCUACUCCUCAUUCAGAAGAUUCGCAUUACAUUCACCGAUCUUUUCCACUAUUAUUCUUUCAGCCAAGGGCCCCGUUGUCCUUGGAAACGGUAUCCAAGGUUACCGUAUUUUCCCAGACUUCAUUGCGUUAAGCUCUGCUUUUUUGUCUCCACCUCGUUUUGAGUGCAGGUUCGCCAGCUAGGCAAAGGUUUUUCCAGGUUGGGGUUGUUUCUUUCUUUCCUUCUAUUUAUUUUUUUAAAGACACACUUUUCUUGCUACAGGUGGAGCAAAAAUACCCUCAACCCAUCGCUGUGCGUUUUUAUUGGGUUGGCAAUUUCAUUUUGUUUUUAAAUGCAACGUUGCAGAGUAGUGUGUGUAGCAGGUUAAACUGCAACCCAUCUGUUUCUCCUUGGGGUCCGUCUUCACUGCAGGUUUUUCUUACGUCGGGUUUUAAAAUGUGCGACAGCCCUGCCAAUUCCUAAAUACGCUGUUGUCCCCCAUUUCCUUAUCUCGGCUGCAGUUGUUUCUAAUCGACUUGGAACAAAGUAGCGCAGCAGGGGAACCCAAACGUUACGAUCAGGCCGUAAGGCAGCAGCGAGCAACUCCAAAGCCCACGUUUGAGCAUGGUGUUGCCUUUCCUCCAGCCCAUUGAGGAUUUGGGGUGGUGCUUUGAUGACUUUGCUUCCGGUUCAAGGUGGGCAGCAUAACCGCCAGUAGCUCUGAGGCCAUUUUGCUGGCUGCUAUGGUGUGCCUGUAGCCUCGUGUGCCUGUGGUCAGUAGUUGGGUACCCAGGCUUCCAGAUUGUGGCGAGCAACAUGUCUGGCCAGAUCUGAUGCCUGCUGCAGUCCACGGUACCUUCCAGUGUCCCGAUUUCUCCUCUCUUGAUGUGUGCAGGAGGGCAUCUUCGAAACCCCCCCACACACCCCAUGUAGCACUUGGGCAGAAGAACAGGAAAGGUUCCUUGUGGCGAUGGUGCCCAAUCCAAUAUUAAAGAGAGUAUGGGCAGCACAGAGCCCUACCCAGAGAAAGUUAGUUGCGCAAACCCCAUUGAAGUCGAUGCAACAAGUUAAUUGCAAGUAACCCACCGAAACUGAUGCAGCAGGUUAAUUGCAGUUAACCCAUUGAAAUUGAUGCAACGAGUUAAUUGCAACUAAGUCCCAUUCGUUUUCAAGGGGACUGAUUUGCUUUGGAUCGUGGCCUGUAUCCCCUCAACGUGCUAGAAUGUCCUUUCGUUUCAAGGUUUAUGGGAUGUGCGUUAUUUUUUAGGGAGGAGGGGUGAAAUCCGUUCUUCCUUAGCAAACCAUGCCUGUAUAUGUAAGGUUCUUUUUCGUGGUCUCUGUGAAUUCACGCACGUGGGAAAAGGUUCGGAACAUCCUAGAACUGAGCGGUUUGGGCAAACGCCCCCCUCUUUCCUGCACAUAGUCCUGGCAUGGUUUCUGCUGUAACCACUAGGUUCCUUUUUGUCCGCCGCAACAAGGUGCAAAAGGGAUACGAAAAAUGGAAAUGAACUCCAUGGAAACACGAUCGAAUUAUUUGCAUAUUAAUGGCUCUGGUUGCAAAAAUAUGCUAUUCAUUCCCAUUCAUCGAAAAAAGUAAAACAGAUUAAAGCUGCUAUUAUAUCGCUACAUUAAUUUGUAUAGAUGCUAUACUUUCUGUUCUUUUAUUUAAUCAGGUUUUUCAGAUGGUAAAAAAAACCCCCAACCCUCAUAAGUUUGAAAGAGCUGCAGUAUCAUGAGAAAACGGUGUGUUGUUGUUUUUUAACGUGUGUGUUCCUUCUAUUGCUGUCUCGGCUGCCUCUGAAAUGGUUUUGCGGUUCGAAAGGCUGUGAUUUAAUGCCUUGUUUGACUUUGUAGUGUGGUGUCGCUGAUGUUUUUAAAUGCUGGGGAGAAUGAGAUCCUUUCUUUAAAAAGUCUCGAUUUACCUCCCUCGCAGUGAAGUACAAACUCUUUCAUUGAUCCCUGUGAAAUGUCCUGAUCCUCAAUAAAGUACCCGCCCCCACUUUUUACUUUACAAAAAGGUCAGUGUGGUCGGUUGCUGAAGCUUAAUAAAAACUUAAA